AUGGGGCCUGGCCUGAUCCUGCUGGAGGUGCUGUUGGUGCUGAUGGGGCCAUCUCUGGUCCCUGGAACAGAGAGGAGACUCAAGACCCCUGACGCCCACUUCUUAUACCAGGAGAAGGGCGAGUGCCGCUUCGCCAACGGGACUGCGGGCGAGGUGCGCUUCCUCUACCGCUCCUUCUGGGACCGGCAGGAGUGCGCUCGCUUCGACAGCCGCCUGGGGCGCUUCGCGGCCGUCGCCCAGCUGUGCGAGAGGGACGUCGAGCGCUUCAACCGCGACCCGCAGACGCUGCAGUACUGCAUGGCCGCGGUGGACUCCUUCUGCCGCCACAACUACGAGAUCGACGAGGGCUUCCUCCACAGCAGGAAGGUUCAGCCCACAGUGAGAAUCUCCCACACCAAGGCAGAGCCCCUGGACCACCACAGCCUCCUCAUCUGCACAGCGGCAGCAUAUUACCCCUCGGAGAUUAUUAUCAAGUGGCUGAAGAACGGGCAGGAGCAGACGGAGGGGGUGGGAUACUCGGAAAAGUUUCAGAACGGAGACUGGACCUUCCAGGACCAGGUGAUGCUGGAGACGGUGCCCGAGCGGGGGGACGUCUACGCCUGCCAGGUGGAGCACAGCAGCGUGACGGAGCCCAUCACCGUGCAGUGGGAGCCGCAGUCGUCACACUCUGCCAAGACCAAAGUGUCGAUGGGGGCUGUGGGGGUCGUGCUGGGGGUGGCCUUUGGGGCUGCCGGACUCUGCCUCUACCUGAGGGCUAGGAAUGGUAAGAGGUGGCUCCCACCAUACCUGCUGCAGGGCUCCUUAAUUAGUCCAGAUGGCUCCAAGUCCCACGAGUGGAAAUUCAGUUUCUUCUACGGAUCCCCCCUCCCAAAUAAUCUGUGUUCAACGCAGCAUUUUGACUGA